AUGCUGGAUGGACCUGGGUGUGUGACAGUUAUGGAGGACAGUCCUACAUCCAGCCCGAGCUCUAGCCCGAGUCCCGACGCGCUGCCUUCAGACCGGAGACGAGGGCGCGUGCUGUCUGCAGCCGGUGGUCUCGGGACCAGAGGGCGACCGGCAGCAGCCAACGCUGCGCGCGAGCGGAGUCGCGUUCAAACCCUCAGACACGCGUUUCUGGAGCUGCAGAGGACCCUGCCAUCGGUACCACCCGACACCAAACUGUCCAAACUCGACGUACUCAUAUUAGCCACUACAUACAUAGCUCAUCUGACCAAAACCCUGCAGGAAGAGGGCAUGGAAGAAGGAGACGGCGCAAAACGGAACGAACCGUUAAAUUCACUCAAAGGCGGCGGUUACCUGCAUCCUGUGAAAAAAUGGCCCAUGCGCUCGAGGUUGUAUAUCGGUGCCAGUGGCCAGUUCCUGAGCAGUUCAGGCCAGAACGAAAAUCAAGGAUCAUCAUCAUCUCAGACAUAAUCCCUUUGCACACAAGACUUUCUUUUAAUUAAAAUGAAGUUUUAAAUGAUCAUUUCAGGAUGUUUGC